ACUCGUUGUUCGUUUCGAACAGAACAGAACUGAGGAAACCGAAUAGAACAGAGUACGAUUGUUCAUAUAAUAGAAUUGAACAAUAUAGCACAGUGUAUAACAGAACGAAUUGAAUUAAUGAUCUCUUGCCAGAAUGCCCGAUAACAGUAACAAAUUUUGUGAAUCAAAUGAUAUACGCGUAAACAUACCGGGAUGGAUCAAUGAGGCAUACUUAAAAAAGUUGCUCAAACGUGAACUCAGCGAUUUUCGCAAAAUUUUGAAUCUCUCGAUAAUACCAGCAACGUCUCCGGGCGAGAGUGAGUGCUCCACCUCCACGUCGUUGUUAAUGCGCAUUAUCAUCGACAUCGAAAUGAAAGAUGGAUUCACACAACAGAAGUCAUACAUUUUGAAAACAAUGUUGACUGAUGCCGAGGGCAUUGGGUUUAUCAAUACCUUGAACAUCUUUCCCAAAGAGAAACAGAUGUACGAGCUGAUCAUACCCCAACUGGAGCAGCUCUAUCAGCAGCAUGGCAGGACUGUCAAGUUUGGACCCAAAUGUCACUUGGCGGAGAAUGUAAAUGGACGCAUCACUCUUGUGUUGGAGGAUUUAAGAACCAAAAAGUUUGUCAAUAUCAAUCGCCUUAAGGGUUUCAAUUUGAAGCAAAUGCAGCGUGUUCUGGAAAAACUAGCUGAAUUUCAUGCAGCAAGUGCUGUGUGGCAUCAACUCUAUGGUUCUUUUCCUGAGGACUUUCAGCGUGUUUAUUUGCCAGCAAACUAUAAUAAAUCCAAGACUUAUCAGGCCCGUAUUCAGAGCUAUAAGACAGCAAUGUCUUCCUGGGGCUUUACGAAUCCUGAGCAAUAUGCCAGUCGUAUUCCCACAGCGGAUCAGUUUGUGCAAUGCGCAGCAAGUUGCUUUAACAGCGAUCCUCAGGAAUUCAAAGUACUUAAUCAUGGAGAUUUUUGGUCUGGAAAUAUUCUACUAAAUGCCUCUUUAGCCUGCGAUAUCAACGAUCUACGCUUUGUUGACUUCCAGCGCUGUAGAUGGGGUUCUCCCGCCCAAGAUCUUUGGGAACUUAUAAUCUGUUCCUCCCAUCACGGUAUUCGAAUUAAACAGUUUGAUUACUUCAUUAGAAUCUAUCACACUCAUCUUAUCCAAAGUCUUAAACUACUCAACUAUGCCAAACCUCUGCCAUUACUCAAGGAACUGCACAUGAGUAUGAUCAAAUAUGGAUUUUGGGGAUACUUUACUACAUUUACGCAUCUGGUGCUCAUUCUGUUGCCUGUGGACAAGGAUGCCAGUCUGCCAAAACUCAUGCAACCUGGUGAGGAUGGGGAUCGAGUUCGCGCCAAGGUAUAUACAAAUCCCCUAUAUGUACGCGCUGCCCUUAGCAUAUUCCCGUUUCUGCAUCGGCGUGGCCUUCUAGAAAUUGAAAUGGGCACUGGUAAGAAUGUGAACUAUGUGGCACCCGAGUGGCUGACAGCAGAGUUCCUGCAAGAUGUACUUAAGGAGCACUUCAAAGAGGAGCAGCUGACGGUGAGCGAUUUGCUGGUGAAGAGUGCCAAUGUGGGAGAUGUCGUCGUCGGAUUUGCGAGCGAAAUGCAUCGGGCGUGUUUCAAUCUGCAGCGUGGAGAUGUCAAGAGUAAGUUUUCGGUGUUCGUCAAGGAUCAUCCAAAGGGUCAGACGGGUGCCAUUGCAUUGCGAAGCAAGCUCUUCAAACGCGAAAUAUUAGCCUAUAAAGAGGUGCUACCCAGAGUUCAGUCACUGCUCGAGUCAAUUGGCGACAAGACGCAAAUCGCUCCCAAGUGUUAUUAUACAACGGAGAGUCCGGAGCCCUUUCUCAUAUUGGAGGACAUGCAGUUAAGUGGAUUUGAGAACUUUGAACGUGGUCGUCUGCUCAACUUGGAUUAUGUGCUGCCCACCAUCGAGAAGCUGGCCAAGUUACAUGCCUGCAGUGCCGUCAUUGCCAAAGAGAAUCCAGAAGUGCUUGAGUUCUUUAACGAGGCGCCCAUUUCUCGCAACCCCGAUAGACGUGACUUUCUCAGUUUCUUCCCGGUAAACAUUCGCUGCGUUGCUGAGGAGAUUGCUCACUGGAAGGGCUUCGAAGAGAUCACCGAGAAAAUGUUCAAGCUGGCCGAAAAUGUUCUCCAGAGUGCAAUCAGCAUGUACGAGGAGCAGCAGAAGAGCUUCAAGGUCUUUAGCAUGGCAGAUAUUUGGAUUAACAAUCUAAUGUUUCACAUCAACAACGAAACGAAAGAGCCCGACAACGUUGUUGCCUUGGACUUCCAGUUAGCCUAUGUGGGUUCUCCAGCUGUCGACCUUAACUACUUCCUUUUUGGCUCAUUCAAUGAAAAUGUUCGCAAGGUGCAUUAUAAGUAUGUUAUACACCAGUACCACAGGGUGCUCCAACAAACCCUAGAAAAAUUAAAGUACCAGGGACACAUUCCCACACUUAAAGAGAUCCAUAUUGACCUGAUCAAGAACAGCCUAAUUGGUGUCAUUGGAGCAACUUGCCUAACUCCCCUGAUAUUCAGGGAAGGGGCUGGUUUUGACAACCUAGAGGAUUUGAACUCUCGCACUGAGACUGGCGAUCGUUUUCGACGUGAAAACGUUGAAAAUCCCAAAUAUCGGGCAUUUUUACAACGUACCGUCAAGGAGUUUGAACUAUCUGGUUUUUUGGACACAUAAUUUUCUUAGAAAUAAUACAGUUCAGUUCGAUCAAAUGCGAGGGCUUCCAAACCGACAAAUUAGUAUUAAAAGAUAUAAAAUUUGAGUUUACAGCCGUUAAUUUAAAUAAGUAUAAAGAGAGAACAAAUAAAUACUUGAUUUCCGUUUGUUAUAUCGAUUAAAACAUA